AUUAACAAACAAACGUCAAAGGAAAAUUGUGUGUGUCUGGUGCCUGCGAAUGAAGAAAAAACCCAACUCAAUUUUGUAACUUCAUAUUUUUUGUACAAAGCAGAAAAUAUUUUUAUUUGCGGAAAUUAUCACAUUCUUAAUAAAUGAAGUGCAUCGGCAAAGAAAGUGCAUAGGAAAGAAAUUUAUAUGCGAGCAAAUACUAAUACGGAGCAGGCAUGAGUUUUGCAAGUUGAAAAACUGGAAAGAUGAAUUAAAAAGGGGGGAAAUUGGAGUCUAUUUUCACUGCAUGUCCUCACCAGGUAGUGCAAGAAGAUUGCUUAUCCAUAUCCUCUCUUAUCAACGAUUUAUUUGUUAUGCCUGCAGUUUCUGUAAGCAUUGUGUGCGCAGGCUAUUCUUUGAAAUAAAUUAAAAAGAAGUCAGCGACGCCACUUCCAAAAAGCAGUAACUAUAUAAAAAUUCAAAAAUAGAUCUGAAUUUUUGUAGACCAAAAGGUGCACAUUAAAAGUGGUAACUCGAAAUAUUAGAGCCGCAUAAUAAAAAAUAUCUUUGCAACAAUGCAUAUAAAGAAUUUACAACACGCUCAUGCGGCUUCGGCUGCAAUGGGGAAUUGCGAGAUUGUGAUUGUGUCAUCAUCGCCGAAUAAUGCUGCAGCGAAUGCUAACAAUAACAACAACAAUACUAAUAACAGCAACAAUAACAAUGAGAAUACCGCGGGAUCACACCAUCAGCAGCAGCAGCAAUCCCAGCAACAACAGCAGCAACAUCAAGCCACAACUACAACAGAAAUUCCAAUUCCGUUCAAUGUGCAUCUGGCUGCAGCUAAUUCAGAAGCACAUGUUGCCGCACAAGCAGCCGCUAUGGCUGCGGCUCAAGCGGCAGCCGCCCAAGCUGCCGCCGUUGAACAACAAGCUGCAACUGGUGGUAAUGGUGGUAGUGCUACAACUAUUUUGCAACAACACCCCUUGGCACACUUAGUGGCUUCAGCGGCACAUAGUCCAGCACUCUCAGAACAGCAUUUUGGGGGGCGUGAAGUGGUGGCAAAUGGACAUAGUGCUGGCAGUAGUACGAGCGGCGGAGGUGGCGUGGGCAGCGGCGGUGGAGGUGGUAGUGGCAGCAGUAGCGGGGGUGGUCACGAAAAACCUUUCCUUUGUAGUGUAUGCGACCGACGAUUUCGACAACUGAGCACGCUCACAAAUCACGUGAAAAUACAUACCGGAGAAAAACCAUACAAAUGUAACGUUUGUGAUAAGACCUUCCGUCAAUCGUCCACACUAACAAAUCACCUUAAGAUACACACCGGUGAGAAGCCGUUUAAUUGCACCUAUUGUCCGAAGCAUUUUCGACAAUUGAGUACACUAACGAAUCAUGUAAAAAUCCACACUGGUGAAAAGCCCUUCGAAUGUGCCGUUUGUAAGAAACAGUUCCGUCAAUCCAGUACCCUAAAUAACCACAUAAAGAUCCACGUAAUGGACAAGGUGUACGUACCAGUUAAGAUAAAGACGGAGGAGGAGGAAGGAUGA